CAUAAGCCGGCGUCAUAGAGAGCCAGCGCAGGCGUCGUCGUCAUCGUCUACGGUGUCCUCAGGCUUGUUCGUCUGUUUGCGCAGAAGACAACUGUUGUUCGUCCAUUCGGCACCGAGUCGGUUCUCCUGAGCCAUGUCGACGACUGUAGUAGCGGCUGGUGCGUUGCUGCUCAUCUCGUUCCUCGGUCUUUCCCUCUGCCAAACACCCAUGAACAUGCUCAUAGUGGUAGAGCAACCAGAUAAGUCGAUCCUGAGCGUGCUGAACGAGGCUGCACCUCAAGCUGAGAAGAACUUCGGGGAUGGUGUCAUCACCGUCCAUAUUUCUACAGUCCAAGUGGAUCGUGCAAACGUGGAUGCCAGUUUUGACAGAGUAUGUGCUGCCUUAUUUAAGGGAAUCAGUAUCAUACUCGACAUGACCUGGACCGGCUGGGACCGGCUACGCAACAUGGCCGACGAGAACGGAAUAAUAUACAAACGGGGUGACAGCAAUAUAAACCCGUACGUCCAAGCGAUCGACGAUCUUUUGAUGUUGAAGAAUGCCACGGACGUUGGUUUGAUCUUCGAAGAUGAAAGGGAGUUGAAUCAAAGUCUAUACUAUUUAAUCGGGAACUCGAUCAUAAGGCUGGUGGUGAUCGACGAGUUCACGGAUAGAACGAUGUCGAAGAUCAGGAGUAUGCGGCCGUCGCCAUCUUAUUACACCAUCUACGCAAGCACAGCCAAGAUGGAGCACCUCUUCAGUACGGCUAUACAAGGAGGAUUGGUGAAGAGAAAUGGAAUAUGGAACUUGGUGUUCACCGAUAAUAAUUAUAAAGAUUUUAAGUACAUCAAUGGAGACCUCCAGUUAAAUGUUUCCGUCACCAUAUUGUCGAUGAGUCUGAACGUCUGCUGCAGAUUAAUUGGCGAACCCUCUUGCAGCUGUUCCCCUGAUAUUCAAAUAUUCCAAUAUUACUUUAAAAGGCUAGUAAGUCUCGUAGUGAGUCUAAUGAGUGAGCUUCAGAAGUCGGGUGUCAGCGUGGAACCUAAGACUGGUAAAUGCUCUUCUGCGAACGAGAAACAAGCCUCGAAUUUCACGUCUGAAGCAUUUAACAAGAACAUAUUAGCGAAAUUAGGGGGUAACGAUACCUUUGAGUACUGGUCUGAGAAAGGGAUGAUCACGUAUAAAGCUGAGAUCAAGCUGGAGAAUCUUAAUAAUGGAAUUUUGGAGCCUCUAGCCACCUGGACGCGACAUAGCAAGAUUAAAGAAGCCGAAGGGAAGAAAAUAGAGCCUGCCAGACGAUUCUUCCGAAUUGGAACUACUGUUGCAAUACCUUGGACCAUGAACAAAGUGGAUCCAGUAACUGGGAAGAUUAUGAGAGAUGAGAACGGAAAUGAAAUAUUUGAGGGUUACUGCAUAGACUUCAUGAAGAGAUUAUCCGAAGAGAUGCAGUUCGAUUAUGAUCUAGUCAUACCACGAGAUCGACAAUUUGGAAAGAAGUUACCUAAUGGCCAAUGGGAUGGUCUAAUCGGAGAUCUUGCUAAAGGGGAAACAGAUAUCGUAGUUGCAGGAUUAACAAUGACUUCGGAACGCGAGGAAGUUAUCGAUUUUGUCGCUCCUUACUUCGAACAAUCCGGCAUACAGAUCGUGAUAAGGAAGCCUGUUCGCAAAGCGUCCCUCUUCAAAUUCAUGACAGUACUCAAAGUCGAAGUAUGGCUGAGCAUCGUCGGAGCAUUAACGUUAACUGGCAUCAUGAUCUGGAUACUUGACAAGUAUUCUCCUUACAGUGCCAGGAAUAAUAAACAGCUAUAUCCAUACCCAUGUCGGGAAUUCACGUUAAAGGAGAGCUUCUGGUUCGCCCUCACGUCUUUUACGCCACAGGGUGGUGGCGAAGCUCCUAAAGCAUUGUCGAGUAGGACCCUGGUGGCUGCUUAUUGGCUGUUCGUUGUUCUGAUGCUUGCGACAUUCACUGCUAAUUUGGCUGCUUUUCUUACUGUGGAAAGAAUGCAGUCUCCUGUGCAGUCUUUAGAACAAUUAGCGAGACAGUCGAGAAUCAAUUACACCGUAUUGAUUAAUUCUUCUACCCAUCAGUACUUCAUGAAUAUGAAGAAUGCAGAAGAUAAAUUGUAUACAUUGUGGAAAGAGAUCACGUUAAACAGUACCAGCGACCAGGUGGAGUACCGAGUCUGGGAUUACCCGAUCAAGGAACAAUACGGCCACAUACUGCAAGCCAUCAUGCAAAUUGGCCCGGUGGCUGAUACUAAGGAGGGCUUUCGAAAGGUGAUAGAAAGCGAAAAUGUUGAGUUCGCUUUCAUCCACGACUCGUCGGAGAUAAAGUAUGAGGUAACGAGGAAUUGCAACCUGACAGAGGUUGGAGAGGUCUUUGCAGAGCAGCCUUACGCAAUUGCUGUCCAACAGGGAAGCCACCUGCAAGAAGAAAUAAGCAGAAAGAUUCUAGACUUACAGAAGGACAGGUACUUCGAGCUGUUGGCGUCCAAGUACUGGAACCAGACACUGAAGGCUCAGUGUGUAAACUCCGAUGAUAACGAAGGAAUUACGUUGGAAAGCUUAGGUGGAGUGUUCAUCGCGACUCUCUUCGGUCUCGCUCUAGCAAUGAUCACUCUAGCUGGCGAGCUAUUCUACUAUCGAAAACGGAACAAUCAAGAUAAAAAGAAAGGCAAAAAGAAGCCGAAGACCAUCGACAGCGAGAAGAUGAUGAUGCAGAAAUUAGCCUCGAAAUUGCAGAUAAAACCAGCACCCACCAAUCCGUUGUUUGAGAAGACAACGAAAGCGCCUCGAGUGUCUCACAUCUCCGUUUAUCCCCGUAAUUUCCCUUUCAAGGAAUAA